AUGAGUUCUUCAAGUACAGAGUCCUCUGAAGUUGAAAUCUCAACCUUCUACGACUAUUAUGAUAAUUAUAAUGAUGCUCCAAAACCAUGCAGUAAGGAAAGCGUCAAGAGGUUUGCAGCCUCCUUCCUACCUGUCCUAUAUACCCUAGUAUUCCUGGUUGGACUCACAGGAAACAUUCUGGUCAUUGUGGUCCUCUUAAAAUACAAAAGGCUGAAGAGCAUGACUGAUGUGUACCUACUAAACCUCGCCAUCUCAGAUCUGCUCUUUGUUUUAUCCUUGCCGUUCUGGUCUUAUUUCACAAUAGACCAAUGGGUUUUUGGAACUCCCUGGUGUAAAAUAAUUUCAUGGAUCUACCUGGUUGGGUUUUACAGUGGGAUAUUUUUUAUUAUGCUUAUGAGCAUAGACAGAUACCUUGCAAUUGUUCGUGCAGUGUUUUCCUUGAAAGCAAGGACUGCCUUCCAUGGCUUGAUUACUAGCUUUGUUGUAUGGCUAGUAGCUCUCUCAGCCUCAGUUCCAGAACUUGUAUUUAGAGAAUCUUUUAAUGAACAUAAUUAUACUACCUGCAAGCUGAGAUAUCAAAGCAAUUUCACGACAUGGAAACUUUUUUCCACUUUGGAAAUCAACAUUUUAGGGCUCCUAAUCCCUUUUAUAGUUAUGACAUUUUGCUACUCCAUGAUCAUUAAAACAUUAGUUCACUGUAGAAAUGAGAAAAAGAAUAAGGCUGUGAGGAUGAUCUUUGCUGUCAUGAUCAUGUUUUUCUUCUUUUGGACCCCCUACAACAUUGUUAUUUUCUUACAACUGCUGGAAAUCACGGGAGUCAUUAGAGACUGCCAAAUGAGCAGGAAUCUGGACUAUGCUUUCCAGGUAACAGAAAUCCUUGGCCUUUUUCACUGUUGCCUCAAUCCAGUCAUCUACUUCUUCAUGGGGGAAAAAUUUAAGAAGUACGUGAAGAUGCUCUUUAAGAACUGGCGGUUACCUGGAGAUAUUUGCAAGUGGUGUGGAGUUCACAUCACUUACCACACUGAAUCUACCAAUUCAUUCCACACUCAAUCUACAGGGGAUCAAGACGCUCUGUAA